UCUCCCAUGUGCUCAACAAAUCCUAAGCUAAGAUAUUUUUCUUUCUUUCUUUGUUUCUUUCUCUGAAGCAAUACAGAAGAUAUAUAGUGCGUGGUUUUAUGGAGAUGGAGUACACAAGCAGUGUUCACAUGAUCAUGAGAAGUUUAUCGGAUUGUGGCUCUUCGGUAGCAAAUGGGAGCGAGGAAGACAUGGAAAUUAGAAAAGGUCCAUGGACAGAGGAAGAGGAUUCUGCUCUGUUGAACCAUAUCACCACCUAUGGUGAAGGACACUGGAACUCUGUUGCACGCUCUGCAGGUCUAAAACGAAGCGGGAAAAGCUGCAGAUUAAGAUGGUUAAAUUACUUGCGUCCGAAUGUUAGACGUGGGAACAUCACCCUCGAAGAACAACUCUUGAUUCUUGACCUCCAUUCGCGAUGGGGCAAUAGGUGGUCGAAAAUAGCCGAACAAUUGCCUGGAAGAACAGACAACGAGAUCAAGAACUACUGGAGAACGAGAGUGGUGAAGCAGGCGAAGCAACUAAAAUGCGACGUCAACAGCAAACAGUUCAGAGACGCGUUGCGCUACGUAUGGAUGCCGCGCCUUAUGGAGCAGAUUCAAGCACAAGGAAGAUCCACCAUGUGCGUCUCCCAAGCUCGCGAGAUAGUUAAUCCUGUCACUUCAGUUUCGACGGCUUCGUCUAAAUCUUGCUCUUCAUUCUCAGGAUGUGAACAAUUCCAAGCCUCUUCUUCAGUCUCUGAUUCUUGUGUGUCUUAUUACAGUUUAAUGGGUAGUGGAAGUGGUGCUGGUUCUUCAGAGCGUGUGGAAAAGGGAGCCACGUCAUCAUCCACGCCAUUUGAACCGGAAAAUGGUUUCGGGGGUGCUGAUUUUUGGACUGAUGAAAACAUAUGGUUCUUGCAGCAGCAACUUGCUGAUGACGAUCAUCUUUGACUCUGACCAUAUCGAUAAUUUCUUUUACGCUAGGCACCGCACUAACAUGUUUGAUUGCAAGUGUAUUAGAGUUUACGUGACAUUACGGUGGAAAUUUGUUGUUUUUCUUAUGAAAUUAAUAAUUUAAUUAAAUAUAUUAAAUUAUUUAAUAAUUAUUUAUUAUCAA